UUGAAUUUCAGAAUUAAAACAAUGAAGUGCUGUUUAAUUGUUGCUAUAAUUUGUUGUGCGACAACGUACACUGUGGCUGUUGAUUUGGCCAAUCAGGAAAUAACGCAAGAAAUGAUGGUCACCGGUUAUACGUGCCUAAUGAAAAAUCUGAAUCCAGUAACGGCAUUAGUUAGAUCGAAAAUUUUAAGCGCUGGCUUGUAUGGUGUUUAUGUAUAUGAGCAAACUAACAGCGUAGAGAGAGCAGUUAAAUCGGCCGCAAAAUACGCUUUCAAAAAUGCUGUUGAUAUGGCAAACUCUGCUCUGUGUGCGACAACAACAACAUUUGAUAUUGUAACGGAUAUUACCCAAGGAAGAAAUCCGCGACAAGCAGUCAUUGAACACACCAACAUUGAUGAGACGGCCCGUAAUAUUUUAAAUAAUCCAAAAGGUGCGACAGCAAAAAAUAUCAUUCAGAAGACAAAUAUCAUCAUAACUUGGGCAUAUGGCCCAAUACCCGGAUUUGUAUCCGCCGAAAUUCUGAUGGCCACCACUGAAGGUUUGAAGAAAUAUAAUCAAACGGGAAACAUGAAGGAAGCAACUAAAGCGGCUGCAAAACAUGCUAUUAAAGGUGUCGCAAAAGUGUUCAAAUUAAUUUUUGGUCUAACCAAAAGUGGAGUUUGUCUGAGUUUAGAUCUUAUUGAGGGAAUUGACCCUAGCAGAGCCGUACGUCAGCGAAGUUUGGAAGCAAUAGGGGCACUUGUUGACUAAAGGUGUCUAUAAAUCCAUGACCAUGCAUGAAAAUUUUCAAUAAAAACAUCGAUGAUAUGUCUUUUUUUUCGAUUUA